ACCGAAUGAUCGUACUCGAUAUUGUCAACGCAACUCCCGAUGUGUCACCACCAGUAGAAGUAUCAGCAGCGCAAAGGGGCAAAUAGAUAAGUUGCUACGUAUUAAAUAGGUGGUUCAUUGGAGCAGCGUAAAAAGUGGCGAUUCUUGGAAGGAAAAAGAGAUAUGUCGAUGCACAAUGCUGCAAAGAAAAAAAAGUAAACGCAAUUUUUACAGUAGUGGUAUAUCUGUUGACGCAUUAUCGGAUACCGGAACUAAGGGACCGGAUACUGCACGAAUUUGGGUGCAGUCACGUGCCCCUGAUAUAGAGGAUAUGCUACUUUUUUACCACGAAACAAUCGUCUUUCACUCCUGGUUCUUUCUCUUGGACCGUUCGUUAUAAUAUACAAAAUAGUGACGUGAUAAUUGACGGCUUCAGACAACUGGCAGCUGCAUACGAUCACCACUACGCAACUUCCCAACAGAAGAACGUACGUGCCUGCUGGACUGUCUGCCUAAACGAAAAAUCUAACCGAUUCCUGUCUUCCUUUACUUUAUACCAAAAUGAGACGGUGGACUCUCAUGGCGGCAAUCGCCCUCGCAGCUUCAGGAUUGGUAAGUGGCGGUUAUCACGAGAAGCGGCUGCUAAACGACCUGCUGGAUGCGUACAACGUGCUGGAGCGGCCUGUGGGCAAUGAGUCCGAUCCCCUACAGUUGAGCUUCGGCCUUACGCUUAUGCAAAUAAUUGAUGUUGACGAGAAGAAUCAAUUGCUGAUCACCAACCUGUGGCUAAAAUUGGAGUGGAAUGACGUUAACAUGAGGUGGAACAUUUCUGAAUAUGGUGGUGUAAGGGACCUCAGGAUACCUCCACAUCGCUUGUGGAAGCCUGACGUUCUUAUGUACAAUAGUGCGGAUGAAGGAUUUGAUGGUACAUAUCCAACAAACGUUGUUGUCAAAAGCAAUGGGACAUGCUUAUACGUGCCUCCUGGUAUAUUCAAGAGUACUUGCAAGAUAGACAUUACUUGGUUUCCUUUUGACGAUCAAAAAUGCGAGAUGAAGUUUGGUUCUUGGACGUAUGAUGGAUUUCAGCUGGACUUACAAUUACAAGAUGAAUCAGGUGGAGAUAUCAGUAGCUUUAUUACUAACGGGGAAUGGGAUUUAUUAGGAGUACCUGGAAAGAGAAAUGAAAUCUAUUACAAUUGUUGUCCAGAGCCAUACAUAGAUAUCACUUUUGUUGUAAUGAUAAGAAGGCGAACUCUGUACUACUUCUUCAAUUUAAUUGUACCUUGUGUCUUGAUUGCUAGUAUGGCAGUUUUAGGCUUCACUCUGCCACCAGAUUCUGGUGAAAAACUGUCUCUCGGAGUGACUAUUCUUUUGUCACUUACGGUGUUCUUAAACAUGGUAGCUGAGACAAUGCCUGCAACAUCUGAUGCUGUACCGUUAUUAGGAACCUAUUUUAAUUGCAUCAUGUUUAUGGUUGCAAGUAGUGUCGUGAGCACGAUUCUUAUAUUAAAUUAUCAUCAUCGCAAUUCUGAUACGCACGAGAUGUCAGAUUGGGUGAGAAUUGUUUUCUUAGACUGGUUACCCUGUAUACUUCGUAUGUCAAGACCAACAGAUAAAGAAGAAAAAGAAGCUCAAAAAUCACAAAAACCUUCACCUGUUACAGGUCCUAGUAAAGCAUAUGGUGAUCUGGAACUUCACCAAAGAAGUAGUAAAUCACUACUGGCUAAUGUACUGGAUCUAGAAGACAAUGCCUUGGCAUCGCAUAACAACUUAUUAAAUAACGUGUACAGUACACCUGGUCCUCACCAUCACACAAUUGGUCACGGUCAUAGUCAUAUACAUACGACUCCUCGUCAUCACCAUACACAUACGACAGCAACGCCACAUCAUCAGCAUUCAACGCCGUUGCCACAUUCUUCCUAUCCAACACAUCAACUUGGUCACACUCCACAUCAUCAUCCGCAUCCUCAGGAUGGAGGAGCACCACAAGUAGAAACCAUUCUUCAGAGCGCGUGCUUUUGUGCUCGCUAUGAACUCGUUUUAAUAUUGAAAGAGAUCAAGAUUAUUACUGAUCAACUAAAAGACGAAGAAGUAAAUACCAAGGUAACGAACGACUGGAAGUUUGCUGCGAUGGUGAUUGACAGGAUGUGCCUAAUUAUAUUUACUCUAUUCACUAUCAUUGCUACCAUCACCGUCCUGUUUUCUGCUCCACAUAUUAUCGUCACGUGAUUCGAAAAUUUCAAGAUUGAUGCCGAAAGUGAAAAAAGAAGCCGAUGCUCAGUUGAUGAUAAACUUGUUCUUGUUACGGGUAAUAGUCCCAUUGCGAUCGCUUUCGUUUGUUAUGCUCGUGACGUGUGAUUUUUGGUCUGAAACGAGUGUUAUCUGAAGUGAGACUGCUUUACAAUAGAAAAUCAAUACGAAAAAAUCUGUCUUUUAUCUGAUCUCGACACGUUUAUCGUUGUUGAGUUAUAAAAUACGCCUUAGAAAAAACACUUUCAGAUGAACAUACCCCAUAAAAAAAAUUCGCAUGAAAUGUUUACUAAAUAUUCCAUGAGCAUCAACAGGAAUCUUUUGAGUAUUUAGUGAGCGUUUUAACAAUUUCCGGUUUUUGGGUAAUAAUACACAGAGACAGGUUGAAAAUAUUUUUAAAGCUUUUCUUUAAUUUUAUAACUUAACGCAAAUAUACAUACUAUUACAUACAUAUAUACAUAAAAACAUCCAUACAUUUUAUUUACUUACUAGUGUGGAACGAAAAAGUUCUGAACAUAAAUAAAUAUAUUCUUACCGCCGCUGUCUUCGGAUUUUAAUAGUAUUUUCCUUAUUAAUUUUAAUGUUGAUGAAUGCUAUAGUUAUCUUACCUUCGGCAGGAAAACUAUUUUAAAUGAAACUUAUUGUUUGAAUAUGUAUUUAAUAUUUUAACGUAUUAAAUUAUAACAAAAAUUAAAAAUAUAUUGAUGCUCAACUAGGAAUGGUACGAACUAAAAAUUUUUACAUAUUAUUAGUAUAAAUUUUUGAAAGCACAUUAAAAGGUAUGAUUAAAAAACAGAGAAUAUUUAUGUCAUAUGUUAAAUGUUUUAAGUAGCAGUUUCUUCAUACUUAAAAACUUUUUCAUUCCAACCUAAUAAUACACAACAUUCGUCCCAGUUAAAAAUCCAUUUCUAAAAUUUCCCACCUAAAUUAAAUUACUUCUUUUAUAUAAAUCUGGAGCUUUAGGUAGGCAAAAAGAAUUAACAAAAUUUUAAAACUGAGCUAAUUAGAAUCUUCUUGCAAAAGCGUGGAUUCUAUAAUAAAUCAUAUAGAAUACCUUUAGAUUUAAUCAUCAUAUAAGAAUCAUUAAGAACUUAUUUUAGAAAAUUUUCAUGUGGAUUUUUGCCUUAACUUUUUUAUGCUAAUCGUAGUGAAUACGGUUUGAAAAUUAUUCGGUGGUUUUUAGCAGGUACGAAGUACGUACACACUUAUACAUGCCAUACUCCAGCCAUCUUAUAUGUUAUUUAAUUAAAAAAAAAAAAAAAUUCUAUUUUAACACUGUUUCUGUAAAUUUAAAUAACAGUGAAAUUUAACUCAUUGAAAAUUCGUUAGAAAUUAAUUUUAUUUCUUAAUUUCUAUAAAGUCAUGAUUUUCAUGUGGCCGAAAUAGUAAUUUUAACUGGACAGUUUGUUAUAUGUAUAAAAACUAUUUGACUGGAGUAGAACAAACACAGAGUACACGGAAUUAAAAUGGACCCAAGACUGAAAUCACAGUCUAUCUAAAUUUAUUACGAUCAUAAAGAAUUGAUUUCUUUUGUGGGCAGUAUUUAAUGACCACAAUAACACAUUAACAGUUACGUGCUAAGAAGCAAAGCGCACACGUUGUACUCUCAAACACAUUAUUGAACUGCCAAGGUGAUUCAAAUGCCAGUGAAUUUUAUUAUCUGUAUCACUAGUAAGUAAAUACGAUUAUGAAGAUUUAUAGUAUGAUUGUGUGGCGUGCGAUAGCGCAAUUUUUAUAGGUUAAGCGAAUUCAGGGUUAAGAGAAUAUGGAAAUAUACUCUUACCACAGAUUUAGUAAAAAAUUUACUUUUUAAGAAAGUUUCAGUUAUUAUCUAUUCUAGUUCUCAAUAAACACCGGCAGUUUCUAUUCGAUCUUCAGCAUAUUCUUAUGCUUUUUGGCCAUUUGUAACGUAUAACAAUGGCUAAAAAUCUUAACAUGCAAGUCCGAAUUGGAUUAUCCGUUAACAAAUCUUUGAACGAUACUUUGUCCUCACGUUUCAUGCAACUGUGCUCAAUUUUACAAGUACAACUUAUCAUAACUGUCUAAUCAUGUACAUAUGUGUAUAUAUUUAUUUGUGUGUGUGUGUGCAUGAAUUAUUGUGUGCACAUACAUAUAUACAUACACACAUAUAUUUACAUAUAAUAAUAUUCUCUGUAUGCAUGUAACUUCAUCUCGACUUAUUUUAUACUCUUCCCUCUCCACUUACUUAUCAUAAUAGUAAUCAAAAUGUGUUUCUAGAAUUUUUAAAUGAACAUUUAAAUUACGAUAAAACGCGAAAAAUGACAGUUUUGUUUACGGAUAGUCGCAAGAACGAUAUUAAACAGUUUUAAUAAAAUUUCAUUAUACGGCCAGUGGCAUUGACGCGAAAGCCAAUCACAUUACCUUCUAUAUAAAUACUAAAGUUAAACUAAUAAAAACGUUGUUGAUGAUGUUAUAAAUGAUAAUUAAAUAAAGUAUAAACGUAGAUCAUAUAAAAUAAUAAUGCCCGAUCGACAAAUUUCGAUUCCAAAAAGGUGAAAAAUAUACUUUGUAAGAAUUAUAAAAAGAUCGGUAGAACGUUGACUAGUUACAUAACGCUAUCUACGUAUAUAUUUAAUUAAAAUUACGGGCUGCUAUACUUGAAAUUACUUAAGUUAAGCCAGUGUAUCGAGCAAUUGAUUAUUUCAAAGAUUAGUUUGUUUUAUUUUCGACGGAAAUUAAUUCUCAAUAUUACAUUUCUUCAAAUUUAUAGAUUCCAAGUUGAGUUAACUAAAGUUUUAGAAGAAAAGUUUUUCUCUUCCAUUAUUAUAUUAUAUAGAAUUAUUUAUUCGAUUUCGGAAGAUUGGGUGAUAAAAAAAUUUAAAAACUUCUUUUAUAACGAUGAUGUUUCGAUGGCAAUAGGUUCGCCACCAUCAUCAAAUCGCUUUAAUAAAAUAGAAAUAAUUCACAUUCAAAAAAAUACUCAAAGGAAAAUUUUUUUUAACUAAUUUAAAUAAAUUAAUGACUCAUUUCAAUUUGACUAAUCACUUACAAUAACAAUGUAUGUGAUUUCUUUCAAAAAUCGAAAAAGAAAUUUUAUCUUUUUUAAUUAAUUUUAAUUAUUUAUUUGGUUAAUUUUGUUGACGAAUUAUUCAUAUAAUUAAUAUUUAACUAGGUAAAAAUUCAUUAAUUUAUUUUUAUUAUUAAAAACUAAUUUUUUUAAGUGAUAUUUUGUGAGUUUUUGAAUGUGUGUUAUUUUUGUUUUAUUACAGUGACCUGAUGAUGGAGGCGAAUGUAGAAAUCGAAACGUCGUCGUUAAAAAAAGUUUUGAAUAAAAACUAAAAUUUUAUUUUGCAGUACGACGAUGAAAAUGAAAUAACAUAUAUAUACCAAAAUUUCAAACACAUCACGUAAUCUCUUCUGUUCUACAAAAAUACACUUCGUUUAAACUAACACAUUAACUAAACGGGUAACGUAAAAUAAGUUACCUAUUUAUUAUAUUCUUCAUGCAAAUUCUCAACCUUGUUUUCAGUCUAUUUUGCUCAGUCCAUAACACCAUUUUUACACUUCAACAAUUUCUCUUUUUCCCUUUAUUCCAUAGUAAAACUAUAUCACCUAAAAUAUUAUUAGCUUAUCCAUCUUACUUUCUAGGAUUAAUUCUUCUAAUCCUUUUCGGUCUUAAAUCAAUAAUUCAAAAUUUUAAACAAUCAGUGUAUUUUCAGUUAUUGCAAAAAAUGUAUUGGCUCAGUCCAGCUCAAUUGUGUCAAAAAAAAUUUCAUUGAUUUUCUAAAAUGUUAAAAAUUUUAUAAAAAUCUGUAGUUCACAAUAAAAUCAAAAAACACUUAUAACCGUCUUUUGAAAUUUGAAAUUUUUGUUAGGUUUUUUUUGUAUUAACAUUAACAUUUUUGGAUUAAUAAUUCAACAGCCGUUUGCAAUAAAUUAAUUAAACUUAUAUCGGGUGUCGCUUAUGUAAUUUGACUUUGACGUUAAAGUUAAAUUCGUCUGAACGUCAAAGACAAAUUUCUAUUUUUGAUUUCACUUUGACUUUAAAUUUAUUUUUUAUUGACAAAUGGCUUUUAUAUUUAAUUUUCUAGUGGACUAAUUAUUAACACUGAAGUAGAAAUCGAGUGAAUAAUAAUUAAAAAGAAAAAGUAAAUUUGAUUAAAUUUUUUACCUUCACUAUUUUCAACUAUAUCAAUUUUGUUUGAAAAAUAAAAAGUAUUCACUUGGUCUAUGAUAUCUGCUGUAUGUUGAACUCAUCACCACAAAUAAUUUUAAAAAUGAUUAUUCGGUCGACUUCUACUUCAACAUUAUAAAUCAGAGUCUAUAGUAGAUAAAUAAAUUAUAAAUUCACUAGUCAAAAAUUUUAGUUUAUUCUAAACACAAAUUGAAUGAUAAAUAAAUUAUUUAUUUUUAAAAUAAAAAGCACAAUAAUUUUUCAUCGAUAAGUAUUUUACUUGAAUCAUCAUUAAACUGUAAAAAAUAUUUUUAGAUAAUAAAAAAUAUUAACUUUUUUAAUUACACAAAGUGAAAUCGAAAAAUAAAUUUGACUUUGAUGUCAAAGUCAAAUAAAAUUAUAUAAUCGACACCCUUAUUAUACAAAAAUGUUCACUCUUUUUAAUAAAUAUUUUUGUAAAACUGUAAAUUAAAAAAUUCCAUAUUUUUAAUAACAAUUUUAUAAGUAAUUUGAAUUAUUUUUAAAAGCCGAGCUCGAUCUUGUAUAUACAAGAUCUGGACUGAGCCUAUAAUAUUGUUUUCCAAAUUAGAUUUUCAUGUUUUGUACCUAUAUUGAUCAAAAAUAUAUUACUUUCUUAAAUCAGUAUCUCAAAUAUAUUAAAGUCAGUAUAUUAUGUAAAUUUUAUUGAACUGUUAGUAAUGUGCUCGAUCCACUUUCAAAAUAUUUCUAAAGUUAAAUUCAUAGCAAAUUAAUAAUUUAUUGACUUUUAAAUAUAGGAACUCAAACAUUUUUAACACCUAACAAAAUAUAUUUAGCCGAAAUAAUUCAUUAGAAUGUUACAUCUGCUUUGUUAAAUAUUACUUUAUUACUUAGGGGCCAUCCAUAAAUUACGUUGCGCUUGAAGGGGAGGGGGGGUCAAGGAUUUGCAACAUUCAAUAGAAAAAAUGGCGCUAGUGUAUGCAAAAUGUGCAACAGGGGGAGAGUCGAAAAUGGUGAAAAAUAGUGCAACGUAAUUUAUUAAUGGCCCCUUAUGCAGUAACAGAAAUUUUAUUGCAAUUACUUAAAAAGUGAUUGCAUAUUCUACAUAGAACAUAAGAACUAAUAUGCAUAUUUUGUAUUAAAUGUAUAUGCAAGUUUUGAUUUCUAUGAUAUUAAAGUAUAUUAGGUCUUAAAUUUUCUAUGUAGAAUUGCAACGACACAUGUUAAAAAGUUUGUUAUGUAAAAUAAUAAUUAAAUUGUUCUUAAGUUUGUGUAUGAUUAGGAUACUUGUAUGAAAACUUAAUCUGUAACGGUUGAUGCUCAUAAUAAGCAGUGCAAAAUACAUUAUUAUAAUAUUUAAAUUAAAGUUUUAAAAGUAUUCAGUCGAUAUAGUCCAAUAAAUAAAUUAAUAUAAUAUAAACAAAACAUUUAUAAUCUCAAAAAAAUUAUUUUAUUAAGGGAAAUAUAGCAUAAAUACUGUAUAUUACAAAUUUAUAAGUCUUUGUAUUUUUAUUUUGUAUUUACUUGAGCAAAAAUACAAAUGAUAAUUUUUAGUGUUAUUUAAGAAAUUUUAAAGCCUAUAAACAUUUAUAACUUCAUUUUAUGUUCCCCUAUGAAACCUACAAUUUAAAAAAUGCAAAUCUGUUGCUCUUUAUGUUUUUGAGAUAUUGGGUUUAAUAUUAUGUUAUAGUAAAUACACACACAUGCGGAUAAUUUUUAAAAACAUCGUUUUUGGAUUCCUGGGGUAAGAAAACAUCAAAGUAUAUGUCAAAAAAUUGCAAUGGUAAAAUUUCAACAACACAAUUUUGUUACCUCUAUGAGGAAGCAAAAAACUUAAAAUUUAAAAGACAAUUUGAGGAUUAAAUGUAGGUACCUGAAAGUUGCAGGAUUCAAAUUAAAAGAUUAAUUUAUGACAAUACAAUCUCAUAUACAAUUACUGUAAAAAUAGUACGUUUUCAAUAAAACUUUUUUAAAUUUUCUACUUUUCUUUAAAAACUUAACAUCAAAAUAUAUAAAUAUAUAAAAUAUAAAUAUACAAAAAAUGUAUUUUUUAAAUUUCAUUACUUUAUUCAAAAAAAUGGUUAAAAAUAUAAUGAAACAUGUUAUAUAUACUUUUAUGAAUUAGUUAAAUAUCACAGUGCUCAUUAGC